AUGCCAAACACAGAUUUCAUGGCGGUGGCAAAACUAAGAAUUACUACUUUGCGAGCCAAUUCUACUCUCUUAGAAAGUGUGUUGGAAAUGCCGAAGAAACCUGCUAAAAGUUUGAAGGCACGGUUUCAAGGAAAAAUGCAUGAUGAUGAACCAGACAGUCGGGAAAAUACCUUAAUUAAAGAUGGAGAAAUAAUAAACAAAACCGAGCAUAAUCCAUUUCCCAAUGCUUUCGUGUUUUAUCAACAAGAAGCCGUCUUAUCAGAGUCUGUUGCAUUCAGAAUUCUGAAACAUGUUGGUGUCAAGUCCACUAAUAAUUAUCAUGCCAUUACGAUCGUUUCAGUCCCUCAAGACGCAGCUCAACAUGGUUAA